AUUUGUACUAAAAAUAUUUCGGAAUCCGGAAUCCCCUCUUUCAAAAUGAAAGUAGCAUAACAAAGGACAAGAGAAAUAUGAGAGGUUGAAAAAAUGGGUGGAGAUAACAAAAAAUCCAACAUCGACCGGCACAUCGAGGAAUUGCUUAACAUUCUACAAUCUCUAUAUGAAGAACAUGGGUCAACCAUUCCAAAGCUGAAGAAAUCGUUGGAGAUUUUGCAGACGAUCAAGGAAGAAGCAAAAGACCUGCAAGUCUCUUCUGAACAAGACACAAUCUCUACACUAGAUUUGAAGGACCUAGAUGUUCCAUGGAAAAAGAUCGGUGCUGGGAACUUUGGAAGCGUCUUCAAAACAACAUGGAAGGGAACAUCCACCGUUGCAAUCAAAGUUUUGAAGGAACAGGCUAAGCACCAAGCCCGCGAAUCUAGACUUCUGCGAUAUCUUAGCCACGAAAACAUCAUAGCGUAUCGGGGGAUGGGGUACGUGCAGUCUGAGGAGGAACUGAAGCGGAUACUGGAAGGCAAUAGAGACGAAGAAGUACGAGAGAUGUUCCAGGUACCAAGUAUGUUCUUCGUUAUGGAGUACAUUCCAACAAAUUUGUACCGAUACAUUGUUCAGCAGGAGAGCCACGAGAGGCAGGGUCUCUCCUUGGGCAAGGCUUGGGAUGUCGGGAAACAGAUAGCCAGUGCACUGAGUUAUCUUCACUCAGAGGGGAUUGUCCACAGAGAUAUGAAACCGGACAACAUCUUGAUCCAAGGUUACGUGAACAAGUUCAUCAUUAAAAUCGCCGACUUUGGCUUGGCAUGGCAGGAUGACCAAAUUGAUAAGCAGCAGACAAGGUAUGGUUCCGUGAUGUCCGACAACAAUACCGUUUCUCAAGUUAGCGGGUACGGAUUUGUGAACAUAAGGUGGGGACCACCAGAGUUCCGCUCGUCUUUGGAAAGUGGUAAAAGUCACUCCAUGACCGACUACAGGAAGGGAGAUGUCUACUGCUUUGGUUUGAUCAUGCUAUUUACAGUAUCUGGGCUCAAACCACUGGCAGAACUGUCUUCAUCAAGUAUACAAGAUGAAAUAGAACUUCCCACGCCGUCUAUCCCCAAAGAAUACAUCGGAGAUCCCAACGAUAUCAUUGCAAAGUCAAUUAUAGAAUGCACGAUUGAUACGCCCGAAAAGCGACCAACGGCGGAAGAUGUUAUAGAGAAAUUCUAUCGAGGGAAAAACCCGUAUUUAUCGGAAGCAGACGAAGGAGAAUUAUUUUCAUGUGGGUUCAUGGACAAAACGGACAUUUUUGUUGCAGAUUCUUGCACAGAUGAAGACGCAAGUCAGAAAGGAUUUUUCGAGUCCCGAAUACGACCAUCCGGGUACCAACACGACGACUUGAGUUGUCCCAUCCAGGUAGAGUCUAAACCGUGCAGGGACAGGUACGAAAACUGGGACAAAGAAGAAGAAUACAUUGCAAAUUACCAGGAAUUCAGCAGACAGGCAAAAGACAAAAUAAUUGACAACAACCCUACAGUGGCUUUGAAACGCUUAGCGUUUGCUCGCCCAGGUGAGGAUGAGUGUCAGAGAGUCGAGAUGUUCUUUAAGCAGUCAGAAUAUGUUCACCACAGAGCAAUGCGGAAAAUUUGGAUGAGCCUAAAUGAACAACAGAAACAAGACGCCAUUCCAAACAAAGCUGAUGUCAAUCCUUUCUUCAGCAAUACAUUUGGGCUACAUGUGGCUAUCCUGACAGACGAAGGCCCAGGGAAUCCACAAUACUUCGUGUUUCCACAGCGUGCAAAACGUGCCGGGAUGUCUGCCCCUGGUGCCUUUACUUGUGGAGCCGUGGAAAGCGCAUCAACUCCUGACAUCAAAGGUGAGGGCUCUUCAAGAAGAGUGGAUCUAGUCAAUACUGCAGUACGCGGUUUACGGGAAGAACUUGGUCUGGAGUUGUCUGGAUCUGACACAGAAGCCGUUUGUUUGACCACAAUCUAUUUAAAAACUGACACCCACGAGUGGGGUCUGUGCGGGUUCGUGGACCUGACGGACGAUCGGAUCAAACCAGAAAACCAUAUCAGUGCCGACAACCUGAAAGACCGCUUUUCUAGCGGACCAAAGGACAAAUUCGAGCACCAGACUCUGACAUUUGUCAAGUUCACGUUAGAAGAUAUGGUGGACUUUGUGUUUGAAAACCACGACAAUUUUGCCAGUUCCGCCAAGCUAGUCGUCGUGAAGGUGCUACAAGCGUUCUUUGGAUGGUCGAGAGUCCAAAGGGAGUUUGAGUCGAGAAAGGUUACUUCCUAGAAAUAAAAAAGAACCGCUUCCAUUGUACGGUGAGCUUGCGAGAACGUUUUCCACGUUGCUAUUUUUUGAGUACCAUAAAUGUAUACGUAUUACCUCAGAAUAUCCAUGUUUGUUUUCAUACAUACACAAGUAUUAACAUAUUUUCCAUGUGAACCAUGUCAUUCAAAGGAAUUGAAAACGGAUCGGCGAUUAAUGUUGGUUGUGAUAUGAUGGUUAAGGUUUUGGAAGUGACAAUAUCUAUGAUGAACUUAGAUAUAAAUGGAAAGACAAAAUGUUAAGAAACCUAUUGUAAUCAUGGCAUGAAGCAAAAAAUACCUAUGGUCUUUGUGAAAAAUGCACGUAUAGAACAAAAACAUUUUUACAAGCUGACACUGUUCAUGAUGUAUAUGUUGGUGAUAGCCUUGAAUCGCAAAAGGCAAAGUUCGAUGAAUUUCUGACGAAAUUUUAACAAAUUAUGUCGUCACUGAAAUCAUUAAGCACAAAAUUAUCUUUAUUUAUGCACACAUUUAUAAUGUUUGCUCAUGAUUUUUGUAGAAUGAUUUAUCACAAAUAAAUUAUUAAAGCUUGCGAAAAUUGCA